AUGCCCUGUGUGAAUAAAGAGUGCCAGUUCACCUUUGUGCCCGACAAUGGGGAGGAGCCACAGGGCCUGAAUGGGACCAUCACCUUCAAUGAGCUAGAGGAGGGGGAUAAGACUGCCUUCCCGCCCCCCGGAAACGGUCAGGGACAAGGAGUUUCCCCUCCACUUGCCCCCCCUCCUGCCACCUUCCGGUUGAGAAGGGAACCCAGCCCCUCUGGAAAGCAGGCCACGGCUUCAUCUGAGGACGAUAUGGAUGAACGGAGCAACAGUGGUGAAUAUCCUGAGGAUUACAUUUACACUGAUCCAGAGGCUGGAUUCCAGAGUCCAUCUGUGGAUCCUGCUGCGGACUCCACAACUAACCUGGAAGGGGGGACUCAUGCUGGAGCUCCGCAAGAUGCCGUUGCCACUUCCAGUUACUCCCAGCAGGUUUUGGUGAACUCCUUGUCCUGUGUCAACGCUGCUUCAGCCACCGUGUCCACCUCCGGCUCCACAGCCAGCUCCCAGUCCCCUGCAGCCCCUCCCCAGUCUACCAUGCAGCCAGUCAUUGUGUCUCCCCACCCCGUCACACGACCAGGUAAUGCCAAGUGUGCCAAGCAAACAGUCUGA